AUGUCCAUGGAGCCCAACUCUCUCUUCAUUCCACCAACUGGGUUUUCAUCAGUCUUAAGCUUGGAGUUGUUUCUAUGUGUCUUCCUCUUCGUCUCUGUUUUCUCCUUUUGGCUCUCACCUGGUGGCCUUGCUUGGGCUUUGUCCAAGUCCAGAGCUCAACACCCUUCAAAAACUGCCAUCCCUGGUCCUUCUGGCCUUCCUGUUCUUGGGUUGGUCUUGGCCUUCACUGGCUCUCUGACUCACAGAGUUCUAGCUAAGCUUGCUGAGACCUCAAAGGCCAAACCUUUAAUGGCAUUCUCUGUUGGGUUUACUCGUUUUGUCAUCUCCAGCCACCCUGAUACAGCUAAAGAGCUCUUGAAUAGCUCUGCCUUCGCUGACCGACCUAUUAAAGAGUCGGCUUAUGAGCUUUUGUUCCAUAAAGCAAUGGGCUUUGCCCCUUUUGGGGAGUAUUGGAGGAACUUGAGGAGAAUCUCGGCCACCCAUUUGUUCAGCCCGAAAAGAAUCGCUAGUUUCGGGUUGUUUCGGGAAAAUAUCGGGCACAAAAUGGUGGAGGAGAUGAAGGCCUUGAUGGAGAGGGCUGGUGAGGUCGAGGUUAGGAAAGUGUUACACUUUGGGUCUUUGAACAAUGUCAUGAUGAGUGUUUUUGGAAGGAGCUAUGAGUUUGGAGAAGGGUGUGAAAAUGAUGGCGAGGCUCAUGAGCUUGAGGAGUUGGUGAGUGAAGGGUAUGAGUUGCUUGGGAUUUUCAAUUGGAGUGACCACUUUCCUCUUUUGGGUUUGUUGGACUUGCAAGGUGUGAGGAAGAGGUGCAAGAAAUUGGUGGCAAAAGUGAAUGUUUUUGUUGGGAAAAUCAUAGAGGAGCAUAGGGUGAAGAGAGUUGUGGGUGCUGAUCAUGAAAGUGGUGAUUUUGUUGAUGUGCUUCUUGAUUUGGAGGAGAACAGACUCAGCGACUCUGAUAUGAUUGCAGUUCUGUGGGAAAUGAUCUUCAGAGGGACUGAUACAGUGGCAAUACUCCUGGAGUGGAUUCUUGCAAGAAUGGUUCUACACCCAGAUAUCCAAGCCAAGGCCCAGUCAGAGAUUGACACCGUUGUAGGCACCGGUAACCGGUCUGUAUCAGAUUCUGACCUCCCCAACCUUCCCUACCUCCAUGCCAUAGUCAAGGAAACCCUUAGAAUGCAUCCACCAGGACCCCUCUUGUCCUGGGCCAGGCUUGCCAUCCAUGACACUCACUUAGGUCAUCACUUCAUCCCAGCAGGCACCACUGCCAUGGUCAACAUGUUUGCUAUUACACAUGAUGAGAAGAUCUGGUCUGAUCCCAACGAAUUCAAACCAGAGAGGUUCAUCGUGAAUGAAGAUGUUCCCAUUAUGGGCUCUGAUUUAAGGCUGGCUCCUUUUGGCUCUGGAAGAAGAACCUGUCCUGGUAAAGCCAUGGGCUUGGCCACUGUGGAGCUGUGGCUUGCUCAGUUGCUGCAGAGCUUCAAGUGGGUCCCUUGUGAUGAUCAGUCUGCAGGUGUGGACUUGUCUGAGACCUUGAAACUUUCUCUGGAAAUGAAGCACUCUCUUGUCUGCAAGGCUGUUACUAGGGUUGUGAUCUGA